AUGGGAAAUAAGUCUUGCCUGGAGGUGUUCAAGGUUUUCAAACCGUACCAGGCAUCCCAGCAUGACAUGUGCCGGUUCCACUCCGAGGACUACAUAGACUUCCUGCAGAGGGUGAGCCCCAACAACAUGCAGGGAUUCACCAAGAGCCUCAACGCCUUCAACGUGGGCGAUGACUGCCCAGUGUUUCCAGGCCUCUUUGAAUUUUGCUCUCGCUAUACUGGGGCCUCCCUGCAGGGAGCAACACAGCUGAACAACAAGAUCUGUGAUAUUGCAAUAAACUGGGCAGGGGGCCUGCAUCACGCCAAAAAGUUCGAGGCUUCUGGGUUCUGUUACGUCAACGACAUAGUUAUUGGCAUCCUGGAGCUGCUCAAAUACCACCCACGUGUUCUGUAUAUUGAUAUCGACAUCCAUCACGGAGACGGUGUGCAGGAGGCUUUCUAUUUGACGGACCGUGUCAUGACAGUGUCAUUCCAUAAAUAUGGGAACUAUUUCUUUCCUGGGACAGGUGACAUGUAUGAAGUUGGUGCAGAGAGUGGUCGUUACUACUGUCUCAACGUGCCUCUGCGAGAUGGCAUCGAUGACCAAAGUUAUAAACACCUCUUCCAGCCAGUCAUUAACCAGGUGGUAGAUUACUAUCAGCCCACCUGCAUAGUACUGCAGUGCGGUGCCGAUUCCCUGGGGUGCGACCGUUUGGGUUGUUUUAACCUCAGUAUAAGAGGACAUGGGGAGUGCGUGGAGUAUGUAAAGAGCUUCAACAUCCCCUUGCUGGUACUGGGAGGAGGUGGUUACACAGUCCGCAAUGUGGCACGAUGCUGGACUUACGAAACAUCGUUGCUUGUAGAUGAAGCGAUUAGCGAAGAGCUCCCGUACAGCGAGUACUUCGAAUACUUCGCUCCAGACUUCACCCUUCAUCCUGACGUCAGUACGAGGAUUGAAAAUCAGAACUCCAGGCAGUACUUGGAUCAGAUCAGGCAGACGAUAUUUGAGAAUCUGAAAAUGCUGAACCAUGCUCCCAGCGUGCAGAUCCAUGAUGUCCCUUCUGACUUGCUCAGCUACGAUCGCACAGAUGAGCCCGAUCCAGAGGAAAGAGGCUCUGAGGAAAACUACAGCAGGCCUGAAGCUGCCAACGAAUUUUACGACGGUGACCACGAUAACGACAAAGAGAGUGACGUUGAGAUCUGA